AUGACUCCCUGGCCGGCCCGAAAGUUCGGCCAGGCCGGCCAGACGUCCUCUGGCCCGGAAUACCGGAAUAAUUACAAUCCUGAGUCUCGAAGCAAAAAUUCGGUUUGCCAACGAAAAUCAAACGCAAGCAAGCUUCAAGAGGCUUUUACCUCGACGGGCCAGCCUGAAGAAAAAUUGAAUGGGCCGAGCCGACCUCUUCCGGUUCACGGGAUGGGCGUAGACAUGGCUAGUGGGCCGGGCCGACCGGCGGCCGCCGCCAAGCCCCCAAUCGGCCCCCAAUUGGGGGCCAAUCGGCCCCAAAAUGCUGAGUUUCAAAGCGAAAACUAG